GGGGGUCGCCUACUCGGUACUCGCCUCUCGGGCUCUCACUAUCAUGGUUAAAUAACUUAGCCAUGCUCACUAUAGUUUAUAUAGAUAUAUCAUUAUGCUAGUCGUGUGCUGUGUAAUGUGUAUCAUGAUAAAAAAAAACCUAACUUUUUCUUUAUCGUGAUGACGUGCAUAAUGUAUAUUGAAGAGUAUCUCUCGUACUGACGUACUCCCGUGCUGACGUGUAAAGUGUUAAUAUUAAAACACGAUCUGCAAUAUUUCAUUAUUUUUAUCCUUAUUGUUUCUUGCUACUAAAAGCAACCGAUAAACAUUGUGCACCAACGCAAAUAUUCAAAAACAACUUACAAUAUCAGCUUCAACUGUUUACCACUGUGAAUUGAGUGUGCUCCGGCGGCCCGGCCCGCACAUAUAAGCCGGCCCGGUGUGCUACGGCACACUAGAACACUUGGCCAGUCCGCCCCUGUAAGUGCUGAUGUUUACCCUGUAAGUCUUAAGAGAACGCAACUCCAGCAUAUUGCGUUCUGUUCGUCUUCAAAAAGUGUUCUUGCAAACAUAUUUGUAUUCAGCCCUCAGCACUCAGCAGAUCCAAUUGUGUGAAGUACCUACCUACCUUAAGUCCUUAAAUAAUAGUUUGAAUUAACAUAAGUACCUAGCUAUUAUCAAAAUUAAAGUAAUUGAAAAACAAUAAAGAGGACAGUAUGGAACAGACUAUUAAUGAUUCUGGGAUAAAUUCCAAGUACAAUUAUAUAUUACAAAGUUCUAGAAAGUUGACGAUUCCACUGAUUAGAUGUGACCAAUUUAUUAAACAGGAAAUUAUUGAUGAUAGAGACCAAAUUAUUAAUGAUGAUCAACCAAUAAAAAUAGAGAUUGUUCGUGAAACUGAAGAAAAAUUAAAUACGAUAAAUGAUGCUGAAAUAAAAAUUGAAACAGAUGUUAUUGAUAUUUUUGAAUUUGAUAGUACAGUUCUUACCAAAAACCACUCUUCAAGUCUCAUUACACAUAUGAAUUCGGAAAAGACCUUUAACUUAAAGAAAAACAUGUUGACAUGCAAAUUGUGUUGUGAAGUAUUUACAGAUAAAUUAAGUAUGAGGAAACAUAUGAGAAUAUAUAGUAAAAAACCCACUUUUACAUGUGAUAUAUGUAAGAAACUGUUUCAUGAAAAACCUCAAUUGAUUACUCAUAUUUUAAAUCAUACACGAGACAAUUCUCUCAAAUGCAGUGUUUGCAAUAAACAAUUUUGCCGGAAAGGAUAUGUGAAAAUUCAUAUGAGGAUUCAUACUGGAAAUAUGCCAUAUGAGUGUGAUAUCUGUUAUCAAAAAUUUUUUUUUAAAGCACCUUUUAACGAUCAUAUGAGAAAACAUACCGUAGUUGAACCUCAUAAAUGUAAUGUCUGUAAUAAGACAUUCAAUACAAAAGGACAUUUGAAAAGACAUGAAAUGAUUCAUAAAAGUAAAAGAGAAAAGCCAUUCGCUUGCAACAUUUGUAAUAAUUCAUUUUAUAACAAUUCACAUUUGAAAAGACACAAAUGGUUGCAUACUAAAGAAAAGCCGUAUAAAUGUACUGUCUGUAAUAAAACAUUUACUGAUCAGAGCCAUUUGAAAGUGCACUCAAGAAUUCACACUGGUGAAAAGCCUUAUGAAUGUGCAAUUUGUAGUAAAAGGUUUAAUAUUAAAGGAAGUUUGGUAACACAUAUGAUGAGCCAUACAGGAUUAAAACCUCACAAAUGUAAUGAGUGUUACAAGACGUUCUGCAAUAAAACCCAACUAAAAUCACAUUUAUCAGUCCAUACAAGAGAAAAACCAUAUAAAUGUACCAUCUGUCAUAAAUCAUUAACUAGUUCAACCACUCUACAAUACCAUAUGAUGAAGCAUAAAGGCGAAAAUCCUCACAGAUGUAUCGUGUGUAAUAAAACAUUCCCAAUCGCAUCAAUUUUAAAAAAACAUAUGGGUAUUCAUUCAGCCAACAAGCCUCAUAAAUGUAAUAUCUGUGCUAAAGCAUUUACUCAAGCAAUACAUUUAAAAGUGCAUACAAGGAUACAUACUGGCGAAAAGCCUUACAAAUGUGAUGUUUGCAAUAGAUCAUUCACUGUAUCUACUGCAUUGACUUCACACAUGAGAACUCAUACGGGAGAAAAGCCUUUUGAAUGCAAAAUGUGUGAUUAUAGUUGUUCGAACUUAUCGGGAUUAAAAAUUCAUAACAAAUAUUUUCAUACUGGUAAAAAACCCUAUAAAUGUGACAUAUGUAAUAAAGUAUUUGUUUUAAAGGCAAUUUUGGUUGUACAUAAAAAAUCUCAUACAGGAUAUAAACCUUUUGAAUGUCACAUGUGUUCAAAAACAUUUACUCAAAAAUCCAGUGUCAGAACCCAUAUUAUUAGUUUUCAUGGUAAAUUUAAGCAUCAUAAAUGUAAUGUUUGUAAUAAUUCAUAUACAUCAGCAUUCAAUUUGAAAUUACAUAUGAGAAUACACACCGGAGAAACCCCUUUUAAAUGUGAUAUAUGUGAUCAAUCAUUUCAUCAAAAACCACAAUUGAUUACUCAUAUUUUAGGUCAUACAGGAGAAAAAUUUUACAAAUGUAAAAUCUGUUCGAAAAAAUUUGCUCAAAAAUUUACCAUGGAUAUUCAUAUGAGAAUUCAUACCGGCAAUAAGCCUUUUAAAUGUGAUAUAUGUAAUAAAAGAAUUCGUCAUCAAGCAACUUUUAAUAUUCACAUGAGAAAUCAUACUGGGUUGAAACCACACAAGUGUGAUAUCUGUAAUAAAACAUUUGCUAUAAGAUCAAGAUUAAAUAUCCAUAGAAAAAUUCAUAAUAUUAUUUACUGAUUAAAAAAAACUAAAUGAAGUUGUUUUAGCUAAUUACUUUACUCACUACUACUUACUCUUUUAAUUUUUUGUGUAUAUAAUAAUAAUAUUGAUUAUAGCUAAACACUUUUUAAGUUAGUGUAAUUAUUAUCAUUAUUCUUUAUUGAUCUAAUUGUAUUUUAUCCUCUAAAAGUCUGAGAGAUUAUUAAAUCCACCUCAUCUCUAACUAUAGCAACUUAAAAUUAUAUUAUAUAUUUCUCUCCACUGAAUUUUGUUAACCACUUUUUAUCCUCGUACUAACCAUAUUUUUUUCGUUAUAACUUAGCCAUUUUUUUAAGUUAAAAGGAUAAAACAUUACAUUUUUCCUUGGAUAAAUUGUAGUUAAUUAUUAUUUAACUAUUUAUUAUAUUGUAAAAAUAAAUUUAUCAGCAAUAAAUGGAUGAUUGGACAUUU